GCGCGCGUUACGCAUGAGAGAUUCCGCUGCGUCCCGCGUCCGUGGGCCGUUGGUGUUUGACUAUAAGAGUCGUGUGGCGAGCGGCGCUCCUCAGUCGCAGUCGACUCGAGCACCAGAGCUGACCGAUAGAGCAGAUAGCAGACCCCGCUCAGGCUAACUCGCUCUCGGUUUGGAUUUUGGGAUGGAAACUCGUGCGGCUGCGCGGAGCGCUCGUGCCUCCAACACUCUUACAUUUAAGAGUGGUUUGACUCUGUGGUUGGUGAUAUGGCUGUUGGCAUGUCGCUGUGCACCAGGUCAAGCAUGCCCCAGGUUGUGUGUAUGCUACCAUAUGCCCAUGACUGUGAGCUGUCAGUCUCAGAACUUCACUUCUGUUCCUGCCGGUGUGCCCUAUGACUCCCAGCGUGUCUUCUUGCAGAACAAUCGUAUCACUGAGCUCAGAGCGGACUCCUUUGGCUUUGAAACACAGGUCCUUUGGCUGUACUCCAAUAACAUCACAUGGAUCGAAGCAGGUGCGUUCAGUAAUCUCCGUGUACUAGAGGAACUAGAUUUGAGUGACAAUCCAUCACUGCGCAGGUUGGAUGGGGGUGCAUUCAGGGGGCUGGAGCGCUUGCAGAGCCUCCACAUGCACCGUUGCCACCUGACCGAGCUGCCUGCUGACCUCUUCCACAAGCUCUACAGCUUGCAGUUCCUCUACCUGCAGGAGAACCAGUUGACAAACCUUCCCGAUGGCCUCUUCUCUGAUCUGGUCAACCUCACCCACCUGUUCCUGCAUGGCAAUCGCAUUCGGGUUGUGUCUGAAAAUGCCUUUCGUGGUCUGGUGAAUCUUGACCGACUGCUCCUGCACGACAACCGCAUUCGGCAAGUCCAUCGCCGCUCCUUCCGUGACCUGGGCAGACUGACCAUCCUCUAUCUCUUUAACAACUCUCUGCAGGAGCUUCCUGGCCAGGCGUUAAAGGAUACGUCAUCUGUGCAGUUCCUCAGGCUCAAUGGAAAUCCCUGGACCUGCGGUUGUGAAGCAAGGUCGCUCUGGGAGUGGUUCCGCAAAGCUCGGAUUUCCAGCUCAGACCUCACCUGCUCUUCACCAGCCCCUCGUAAAGGCCAGGACUUGAGAUUCCUGCGGGAGCUAGAUUUCGCUCUCUGCCCCUUGCCUGACCCAGGUUCCAUGGCAGGCACAACAACCACCACCUUCAGCACCAAAACACGUUGGUGGUUCUCAAAGAACAAGCCAGCCUCAUCAUCCAAGAGCCACUUUCACAAGAGCAGUGAGACCUUGAAGGCCUUCCCGUUCAACUCUGGCAAGAAUCCCUCAUCUUCAUCGACCUCCUUCUCAUCCAAGUACGAUCUCACAGCAGAGGAGGCUGCCUUACCCAAGCUGGAGCCUGAAGAGUACUGGGCAAACUAUGGCAAUGAGGAUGCAGCCUCAGUUCGCUGUUUCGAACUUGAAUGUCCACCAGGUUACGACUCUCCCAUUCUCCCAUCUUCCUCUUCGUCUUCACUUCUAUCCUUCCUCUCGCUCACAGCACUGACUCUCUCUUUCCACCUGCUCUUCGGCUGAGUCUUCUUCUCCUCCUCUUCCUCUUCUGUUAUCCUACACUACCUUUCUCCUGCGAUCGGGCUUAUGCUGAUAAAUGCAUGUAAGCAGCAAUGCAGAAAAAAAGGGUGACAAGAAACUGGCACAGAACAACAACAUUUAUACAACGCAUACUGUAAGGUGCAGUGCAUACAGAACAACUGAGCCAGGGAUAAAGCAUGUGUGCACUCUCAGAAGGCUUUGCAACACCAGCUCAAGUCGUGUCUUUCUCUAAAAUGAGAGAAUAAAGGACAAGUAGAGGGGUAAAGAGGGAGUGAUGUGGUAAACGAAACUAGAGGUAAAGAUGGCAAGGAAAGUCUCUACACAAAGAGAAAACUCUAAAACCAGCAAAUGAAACUGUACCACUUAUAAAUGACCAUCACAUUGUCCUGUACAUAGGAAUUAUUCAAACAAGAGAGUGAAUAUGUUCUAAUCAUUAGAUUAGAGAGUAGGCCUAUUUGUAAUUUUGGUGGUCUUUGAGCCCUACACCAGAUACAUCAUCAUAUACAGUGGCUCUAAAAUAUAUUUAGACACUUAAGCUUCAACAAAAUGUCUGAAUUUCAAGAAGAAGGGGAACAAAGUUUAUAUGAUAAAACAAUAGAGACACUGCAUUUUGACCUUCUGGUUGUUUUAGAGCAGGGGUGACCAACCCUGUUCCUGGAGAUCGACCUUCCUGCAGAUUUCAGUUGCAACCCAUAUCCAACACACCUGCCUGUAAUUAUCAAAUGCUGUUCAGGUCUUAAUUAAUUGGUUCAGAUGUAUUUGAACAGGGUUGGAGCUGAACUUUGCAGGAAGGUCAAUCUCCAGGAACAGGGUUGAGCACCACUGUUUUAGAGUAAUGUGUAUAAUUAUUUGCUGGAACUAAUGGCAGAUGCUUCUAGCUUUGAUUUUGGCCUAGUGUCUAAAGACUUUUGGUGCCACUGAUAAAGACGGUAGCUAAUGUUUUCAUUUGUUAAGUCUGUGUUAAGAGCUUUGGUUUGUGUUAGCUAAUCUAAGUUGCGCCGGGUAUCAGGUGACGAAAGUCAAUGUUUAAUUCAACCUGAAGAAUUUAGGAAGUGCUUGAGGCGAGAAAUCUGUGUUUUCUCUGUUUAAGAUAACACCUAGUCUUUCUCUCAGAGCAGGUGUUCAGCUGUUAACAAAAUGUCAAACACAGGCAUGCCUUCUGUCUGAAAACAUGUAAAUAAAACCACAGUAAAUAAAAAAUAAACUAUCUUUGACAUAUUA